AUGAAUUAAUUACGUCCUGGUAUUAAUAACAAAUUACCUUGGAAUGAAUAACAAGAUAAAUUAUUAUUACAAUUAUAUUCUAAAUAUGGCAGCAAGUGGUGUUAAAUUAAUAAACAUUUUUAAGGAAGAACAGUAUUUGUAUUAUUAAUUAAGGAAAUUAUGUUAAAAAAUAGAUUCAACAAAUUGCAAAAGGGAAACUCUUAUGUUGAUCACUUUCUCAAUAUAGAUGAUGAACCAUAACUAUAAUAAUCUCAUACAUUCUCAUUUAAUUGA